GAACAACCUGCUAAGGCUCCACCUGCCGCUAAGGGUACUGUUGCUGCAGUUAAUGUAGGGGCAAAACUGAUUGAAAAAGCACCUGCACAAACUGAAUAUGGGGGUGCAGGGGCUGCUAGAGCUUGGUCUUCACUUUUCAAAGACAACCGGGACCCCUCAAAGGGCUUGAAAUUGAGGUAUAUCCCGCCGAAAGGCAAUUCUUUAGAUUUUACGGAUAGAGUCUUGCCCUCUAUGGUCGACAUGUGGGGAUUUUGUCUUGUGGGUUUCUUUACCGGGAAGUUUCCGGGCCUUAAAGCGGUGUAUGACUUGAAAAAAACUUGGGGGGUUACUUGCAUGGUUGAUAAGCAUAACAAGGGAUG